AUGGGAAGCCACCCGCAGUUCGGUGUCCCAUCACCUCUGGGUGUGAACAUGGGUGGUAGUAGGUUAGGCGGCACGGGUGUUAUGGGCUUUAGAAUGGGCUUUGGUGUGGGGUCAGGCAUGAGACUGGGCACAAGAGUGAGUGGGGGCAGACGCAGAAGCACAGGGUUUUCAAGUCAGCCUCCUUUCUUAGGAGACUUGCGGAUGGGCUAUGGUCAGUCUUCGCCAUUCGGCCUCGGCCAAUCACCCCAAUCACACCCAAUAUUUACCAGCCGCCAUCGACAGAACGACCAGCCAUCAUGGCCUCAAGGCCGUCGUGUUCCCUCCCCGACAAGCUUCUUUAGCGACGAUGAGGAUGAUGAGAGCGAUUACGGCUCCUCCACAAUAUAUAACCACCCGAGACGGAGGAGUGUAGGCAUUAGACAGCUUGGGCGGUCACCAUACGAAGCUCGACCUAGGCCAGACUGGAUGCAUAAUUAUAACGAUCGCUACGAGGAGUACGAUGACGAGGAUGAUGAAGAUUAUGAAGAAGGAGAGGAAGACGAGAGCGAUUUUGAAGAUUAUUACACAGUGCGUCGACGACGGCCGAGGUAUUAG